GGGACACUAAUUGUGGCUUGAGGUUAUCAAGCAAACAAUUCAUAAAGUUAACAUGAAUUCACAAAUCCUCUCAUUUCCAUUGCCGAUCUGGUUUUUCUUUUUUCUCUUACUGUUAUGGGCAAUAUGGAAGAAAGCCAUGAAUGGCAAACUUCUAAACCUACCCCCUGGCCCACGAAAACUUCCCAUAAUCGGAAAUAUACACCAGUUAAUUGGUGGUCUUCCCCAUCAUAAACUUAGAGACUUGGCAAGAAAAUAUGGAUCUAUUAUGCACUUACAAAUUGGAGAAGUUCCAACAGUUAUCAUUUCUUCCCCAGAAAGUGCAAAACAAGUGCUGAAAACACAUGAUAUCCUCUUUGCUCAAAGGCCCUUCCUCUUGGUUGCAGACAUCAUAUUUUAUAAGGCCUCGGAUAUUGGUUUUGCUCCCUAUGGGGACUACUUUAGACAGCUGAAGAAGAUUUGUAUGAUAGAGCUCUUUAGUUCAAAACGUGUCCGCUCUUUCCGUCCAAUUAGGGAAGAAGAGGUAUCAAAUUUCAUUGGAUCAAUUUCGUCAAGUGCAGGAUCACCUGUCAACCUUACCAAAAUGUUCCAUUCAUUAUCUUCUGCUAUUACCGUAAGAGCAGCUUUUGGCGACAAAUGCCCGCUGGACCAAGAAGAAUUCAUAGCAGUUUCUCAGGAAGUUGUAAAGAUGUUUUCAGGCCUUAGUAUCGCCGACUUGUUUCCCUCUUCCAAAUUGCUGCCUGUGAUUACCGGUAUUCGGUAUAGACUCAACAAACUGCAUAAAAAAGUUGAUCUUGUGCUUGAGAAGAUAAUCAAUGCACAUAGACUCUCCAUAUCAGCCAAAACAAAUACGGAUGAGGAUUUAGUCCAUGUUCUCUUAAAUCUUCAACAGCAUGGGAAUCUUGAAUUUUCCUUAACAACUGACAGUAUUAAAGGGGUUAUACUGGACAUUUUCAUGGCAGGGGCUGACACAUCGGCUACAGUUCUAGAAUGGGCAAUGUCAGAAUUGAUAAAAAAUCCAAAUUUGAUGCAGAAAGCGCAAGCAGAGGUUAGACAAGUUGUUAACGGCAAAAGAAAUGUGGAUGAAACAAUUACUGAUGAAUUAAAGUAUUUGAAGUUAGUUAUUAAAGAAACAUUAAGGUUACACCCUCCUGGUCCAAUCCUAGCUCCUAGAAAAGUUUGUGAGCAGUGCCAAAUCGAUGGAUAUGAUAUUCUAGCCGAGACCAGAGUGAUUGUGAACGUAUGGGCGCUCGGAAGGGAUCCUAAUUAUUGGUUUGAGGCUGAAAAGUUUUUACCAGAGAGAUUUAUUGACAGUCCAAUUGACAACAAGGGAGCCAAUUUUGAAUAUUUGCCAUUUGGUUCUGGAAGGAGGAUGUGUCCCGGUGCUUUGUUUGGUCUCGCGACUGUGGAGCUUGCACUAGCACAGUUACUGUACCAUUUUGAAUGGGAGCUCCCCAACGGUAAGAAGAAACAAGAUCUAGACAUGGCUGAAAAAUUUGACGGAGUAGCUGGACGAAAAACUGAUUUAUACGUAAUUCCUAUCCCACGCCAUCAGCUUCCUCCGGAAUAGUAGAUCCGUGCUUUCCGAAAGACAUAAGUUCUAGUUUGAUAUCAUCCAAAGAAACUGUUCUAAAUAAUUUGUGAUGAUAGAGGGCUUAUGUGCAACGAUGAAAUUGAGAAUUUGAAUUUUCUUUUUUUUCUUUUUUCUGUUGUAAUAAAACAAAAGGUCUUAUUUUCUAUUGGUACAUGCUUAAGCAAAUUGAUUA